GANGCAUUCUCUACUACAUGUACAACGUCAUCUUCCCAUGCAUGAUGAUGUCGUGGUUAACUCUGCUCGUCUUCUGCCUCCCUCCGGACUCCGGUGAAAAGAUAGCUCUCGGCAUUACCGUGCUGCUCGCCUUCUCCGUAUUCGUGUUGGCCAUAGGCGAGAAGAUGCCCGAAACUUCCAAUUCAGUGCCACUCAUUGGUAUCUACCUGACCGUUGUCAUGGGGAUGACGUCGGUGUCGGUCGUGAUGACAGUGCUCGUGCUAAACUUUCAUCACCGCGGUCCGAGCCGCAAGCCGGUGCCGGGAUGGCUUCGUGGCCUCAUCCUCAACCAACUCGCUAUGCUAGUCUGCUUCAAGCCGUCGUAUCAGCCGCGCUACAAGUCGCACCGCGAUCUCUUCUACGCGCAGAACACCAGCAACGCCGUCAAAAUGACGAUCGAGAACUUCAUGGACGACUGUCGGCUCGACUGCAAUAACGGCGACUCGCCGACGACGGCGACGACCGACUGCUACAACGGCGUCGCCGACGGGAAGACCCGAAACGGCAACAACACGAGAAACCGACAGAAGAGCGGAAGUGGCGGUGGUUCGCCGUUUACGCAAAGCAAUCGGCUUCAGGAGCAGAUAUUACGAAGCUUGCAGAUACUCAUAGAGAGGCAGCAGAUGGACGAUCAGAUUGCAGACGUUGUUAACGAGUGGCGACAGCUGGCGCAGGUCGUCGAUAGGUUCCUGUUUUGGAUUUACCUGCUCGCGACGCUGUCGUUCACGAUAGGACUGCUAGUGAUAAUGCCAUUGACGAAAGAACCGUUCGAUCCGAAUAAGAAUUGA